UAUAUGCUGAUAAUAAAUCUUUGAGGGAAAUGCUAGGUGUUAAAUUGGAGAUAGCUUGGCCCUUGUUAGAUUUGAUUAAGAGAGUGAUGGGUAAAUUUCAUCUGCAGAUCUUUGAUCUAUUUGAUGUAAAGCAGAAGGGAGCAAUUGAUUUUGGUGAUUUUGUUAGAUCACUUAAUGUUUUUCACCCAAAUGCCCCAUUAGAAGACAAAAUUGAGUUUUCAUUUAAGCCCUACGAUUUGGAUGGCAUUGGAUUCAUCAAGUGGCCGGAGGAAAUGGGCAUGAACUUGCCUGUUUAUGAUCCACCAGAUGCUUUUAACAAAGGAGCGCAAAGACAUGGAGCACAUAUUCAGACACUUAUGCAUCUUCACCAUGUGUGGUUUUCCCGGGUUAAGCAAAUGUUACUUGCACUACUCUGCCAGCCUGAGAUGAAGCUGGCUGAUGAAACCAUUGAGAUUAUACUAGAUAAGCCGAAACCUUUGCUGUUGAAGAUAAUGAACCUUCCAUAUCUGAGGGAUAUAACAACAACAUUUUCGAGUUUUGCAUUUCGUUCUGAAGUUGAUGAGAUGGCUACA